AUGACUUCCAAGCUCAGCGCCUUUGAUCUCAACAAUAUCCAACUCGGCUUCAACAGCCAGACGUUCGCUAUUGUCGGCGUCGCCCUUCUUGCCAUCAGCGUCGUCCACUACCUCCGCUACGCCCGCGGCCAGAUCCACCUCCCCGGCCCCACCCCGCUUCCCAUCUUCGGCAACCUUCUGUCGCUCGACGACGAUGCCGCUCAGACCUACUACAAGUGGUCGAAGAAGUACGGCGCCGUCUACAAGGUCACACUCGGCGAGCGUGAGGUUGUCAUUGUCAACACUGCCGAGGCCGCAAAGUACCUCUUCGGUGACCUCGGAAACGUCUACAUUUCGCGUCCUCUGUUCCACAACUUCCACAAUGUCGUCUCGUCGUCGGCUGGCUUCACCAUCGGCUCGUCCCCAUGGGAUGACUCGUGCAAGCGCAAGCGUCGUGCUGCCGCCACUGCUCUGAACAGGACCGCCGUCCAGUCGUACGUUCCCAUUAUCGACCGCGAGACUCUUGCCCUCAUCGAGGACAUCUACCGUGACUGCGGCAAGGGCUCCAAGGAGAUCAACCCGUACUCGUACCUCCAGCGCCUGGCUCUCAACGUCUCUCUCGUCGUCAACUACGGUGCUCGCCUCGACGACAUUUCCGACACCAUGUUCCACGAGAUUAUCGAGGUCGAGACUAUUGUCGCCAACUUCCGCUCGCUCUCCAACGACAUGGCCGACUACGUUCCCCUUCUCCGCUACCUCCCCACCUCCAAGGGCACCGUCGACGUUGCCGAGGACGCCCGCAAGCGCCGUGACAAGUACAUGAAGAAGAUGCUCGACGACCUCAAGGCCCGCGUCCGCAACGGCACCGACAUUCCCUGCAUCAUGGGCAACAUUCUCAAGGACCCCGAGGCACAGCUCACCGACCUCGAGCUCUCGUCCAUCUGUCUCUCCAUGGUCUCUGCCGGUCUUGACACUCUUGCCAACACGUUUAUCUGGUCGGUCGGCUUCCUUGCCAAGCACCCCGAGAUCCAGGAGAAGGCGUACCAGGCCAUCAACGAGGUGUACCACGGUGCCAUCCCCGACUCUAACGAGGAGGUUGUCGAGUACAUCACUGCCCUGCACAAGGAGUGCUCGCGCUACUUCUCGGUCCUCAAGCUUGCUCUUCCCCGUGCCACCAUUGGCGACUCGGAGUGGCGCGGCGUCACCAUCCCCGACGGCACUACUGUCUUCCUCAACGCCUGGGCUAUCCACCACGACGCCGAGCGCUACGGUGACUUUGAGAACUUCCGUCCCGAGCGCUUCAUGGACAAGUCCGAGGCCAACCAGCAGGCUCACUACUCGUUCGGUGCCGGCCGCCGCAUGUGCGCAGGUGUCCACCUUGCCAACCGCGAGCUCUACGUCGCCUUCUGCAAGCUCAUCUACUUCUUCAAGCUCGAGGUUGGCUCCAAGGACUAUGACAUCAACCCGGCCACCGCGUGCUCCAACCCCCGUGGUCUCUCGAGCCAGCCCCGCGAAUUCAAGAUCAAGUUUAUCCCGCGUGACGCCGACACGAUCGAGGACUGGAUCACCGAGGAGAAGAGCCGUGCCGAGCUCAAGCUUGCUGCUUCGAUGACCAACAAGCAGUAG